AUGCCUUUCUUCCACCACGACUCCGACCAAGCUCAGGCUCACAAUGAGUACAACGACCUCAACCCUGUAGAACACAAAGCAAAGUUUUCGCACGAACUGAUCGCUGGUGCAGCUGCCUAUCAAGCUUCUAAAGCCUACAGCGACCAUAAAGCGAAGAAUGGAGAGUUUGACGAUCAUGCCAAGGCAAAGGCGUUUAUUGCGGGCGCGAUUGGUGCCUUCGUCGAUCGUGAGGUUGAGACGAAAGGACUGGAUUUCAUCGAUAAGCAAAAGGCCAAGCACCACGCUAAGUACGUUCUCGUUUUCUUGUUUUCUUGUCACUUGGUUGUCCCAACUGUGUGUGCUCCCUCUCGCCGCUGUCCACCCGUCCACCUGUUCCAACCCUAACCCUUCCCAACCCGUGAUCAAAAAAAAAAAUCAAUAUCUGUUAUUCAUCAUUAUCGUGGACUCGUUACUAACAUAUGUUCGAUUAUAGAGAGCAAGCCAAUGCUGCGUACAGUGAGAAGUUCGAGUAGGAACUUUUGCGACGGUAGACGAAUUCCUCCCCCCCCCCACACGCCUAUUGUUGCGCCACAGUCGUCCGCGGGGGGGCCGGUACGCCAAUAUAUACCGGGAUCGAGCCAUCAAUCGUUUGCGUCUCGCAACACACACCCUGUGGAUUUUUCAUUGUAAAUAUAUGGAUUCGAAAAAGAAAUUGUAAGGAAUAAAAAAACAAACUGUGUAUAUAACCGGGACUUGGGACGAUUCGACUCAGUGGGAGGUUCAUGCUUUUGGCUUGAAUCCCAACAGUGGGAGGGACGGCGAUCCUGAAAGCCACGAG